GUUUAUGCACAGGGAGAGCAGGGUGAGGGAUUCAGAGCCUGUCUGACAGUUUGCUGCUCACUUUCACUCUUUACACACUCUGUAGUUCGGCCCCUGUUCGCGGUAAUGGCGACCACCGGGAGCUCUCUGGCCUCCGACGGGAUGUACUCCAAACUCAUAGACGACGAGGGCGCAUAUGAGAACAGCAGGCCAGAUGUGGGGCCCGGCGCUCACCCAGUCCCCCCAGUCAGACUGACACCCAGGCUGAGUGGCCCCGGGCCCUACCGCCUCGCCACGAUCUGCUUGGCUACGCUGUGUGCUGUACUGCUGAUUGCCGUCAUAGCCGUCACUGCAAACAAUAAGAACAAACCUCAGGGUGGUGGUGAAGCGACCUCAGAGAAGCAGAAGCAGGACACAAACGUGACGGCUCUGAUGGCGUCCAUCAACAAACUGCAGCAAGAGAAAAAUCAGCUGCAGAAAGAGAAGGAUGAGCUGCAGGCCAAACUGGCCGCCACUAAAGCUCCUGAGGUGAUCAAACCGACGACGAAGGUGACGCCUGCCCCUAUCGUCUGCCCCGUGGACUGGCAUCUCUUCAACAACAGCUGUUACUUCAUCUCUAGAACCACAAGGGAUUGGCCAGAGAGCCAGUCGUACUGCGAGAGCCAAGGAGGUUACCUGGCCAUCAUCCACACUGCUGAGGAGCAGACAUUUCUGUGGAAUCUCCUGCCCAGAGGCCACUGGAACGCUUUCUGGUUUGGGAUCACUGACGAGCACACGGAGGAUCACUGGAAGUGGGUGGAUGGCACCCCGCUGGUCGGAGGUUUCUGGGAGGUCGGCGAGCCCAACAAUCACAUUGACGAGGACUGUGGCUACAUUGUGAAAACGCGUGUGUUGGAGCGAGUGGCGAUCCGGAGCUGGUACGACGCCCCCUGCAGCAUGUACUGCCGCUUCAUCUGUGAGAAGGAGAUGGGUGCUGGUGCCAGCACCGCCAUACCACACUGAGACGUCAGCACCGCUUCCAUCAUCAGAGGAAAACAAGUGGAAAGACAGUUUGUGAGGUUUUAACAAAGGGCUGUGUGUUCUCCAUUUUCCCUUAAGACCUGAGAAAGCUGAUAUUUUGCAAGUAUAAUUCCACCUCAUUUUUAAAUUCACACGUUGUUUAGAUCUGACACAAGUCAGUCAGAUAUUGAGGUUCAUAUUUCACAGGAUGGACAUCAGAGACUUUUGUUUAACAAAAGCACUGGUGGUCCACUCUGUCCACAGCACUGGACAGAAGUAUGGUUAAAGGUGUUAAAUUAAAACCAUUAAUUUAAAAAGGUUUUACAGUAGUAUGAAGAACAUUGAAGGUAGCUGUACUCCACAGCAGUUACCAUACUCUUUUUAUUUUUAUGAAUUCUCAAUCUUAAACUUUUACAUGUUCUUUUUUUUCUUGGUAAUGGUUUAAUAAAUAUUAGCUUUUAAAUAAGCUUUUAUGGGAUUAUUAUGGGGCUGUUAUUGGGCUACAGAGGGAGCUUCUCUUACACGGAGUCCGCCAUGUUAAACCGCCAUGUUUCUACAGUAGCCCAGAAUAGACAAACCAAAGGUCUAAGAUGGGCCUUUCAGACUUCUUGUAACUUUAUUGUUUGUGUAAUGACCCCCAUCAAAAGCACAUGUAUGUGCCUGUAGUCUUCCAGGGGAACAUCGAAAUACAGUACAGACAUACAAGUGUUGUGUUUGUACCUGCCUUAACUAAUAGCUGAAUCUAGUAUAAAUAAUCUUCUAAUUUUGAGAUUUCAUGUUUUUGAGCAUGGUCUUUGUUUAAUAAAAGAAAAAGAAAAAUACAAACAACUUGAGAUAUAAAAUAAUAAAGUGAUAACAGAUCAAAAUAAAAAAUAGUGAGCCACCGUAGUUUCCCUUAAACUUUGAAGAUGCGUUAUUCAGUUGGCUGCAAUCUGCAGCUUCACCACUAGAUGCUACUAAAUGUUUCCCACUGGUAUUUGAAAUUGUAGAGUCAUUGAAGCAAACCUCACAUUCAUUCUUGUAAUGAAGUUAUGAUUGAUACCUGGCAAAUAUAUAAAUAAAGAGUGUACUUUGGAAGAAACACAACCUCAGAGUAUUUAAGAUGACGUGCUGGGCAAUGUUCAGUUUGUAGAGUAAAGAGUAGAAGGAAAGGUGGAGAGGAAAAAAAUCGUACUGACUUGUGAUGCUGACUCAAAAAUGCAAUCUGUGCUCUAAAAUCCUCUAAAGUUGCCAGAAAUUAAUGUUAAUCAAAGAUAAGACAUUACAGAAAAACAAUUUCAGUAUAUAUUUAUCAUCAUGUAUCAUAAGCCGGUUGCAUCAGUUCCUGAAAAGUAUUACAAAUAUUAACUUAGCUUUACAGUCAUUAAAGUUUUGCCACAAAAACUGUUAAGUAAAGAUCGGCUGUUACAAAAUAAUUUACACUCAGUCACAGCAAGGUGUUACUGCUAUGUAGCUAACUGACCACCAACUGACGAAGCUAAUAUUUCAGGUAGUCAAUUUCCACUGGAAUACCCGCUGAAGCAGGAUUUCCAACUAGGAAACUCAGAAAAGUAAAAUACAUUUACAGUAGAAGUAGAAGUUUUUUACAGCUUGCGAUUCUACAGUGACAUUCUGUUUCUACAUUUAUGAUUGCUUUUGAUUGAAGUGCAUUACAGAUGUUUGUACACAUAACUCUAGUCUGUACUAGUUAAGACAUUGCUUGAACUUAAUGGUGCAGCCCGGUUUAGUAAAUCACCAGAAAACAGCUUAUGGUUAUUAAGAACUCAGGAAGAACUUAACAAUUUUAGCAAUAGAUUUACUAAUAACUGGUGCAUCCCAGUGCUCUUUUCUCUUUAUGUUAGAGCUAUGGAUCAAUAAUGCAGAGAUUUACAUAUGUUUUUAAAUAUUUUUGUUAUAUACACCAACUAUUCUAAAAAACAUCUUUCCAAUUUUGAUACCAAUAAUCAAUCAUCAUAUAUUUUAUACUGAUAAUCACCUGUAAAUGAUUGUAUAUCUAUAUAGAAUGUAUCUGUGCUAAUCUGGAGGUCAGUGGCUGUUAGUUAUAUCAGCCUCAGUUGAGUCACUAGAAGCCUUGGAGGAGGAUUGUGACACUUCUAUAUAGUGUUAUAUAGGCUCGUUGUGGUCCUACAGUGUAUUGGUGCCUUAUACCACAUAAAUGAUGCUUACAUGAUAUUUUUAAAUGAUUCUGUAGUAGAAUUUAUAAAUCAGGGAUUUAAGAAUUGAUUUGUUUUUACAUGGUAAAUGUGCUUUUUAGCAGUCUAUGGUGGUGUGUGUGAUUGUAAUAUGUUAGCGAUGUCGCUGUAAGAAUGAUCAGUUUAAAUUCGAUGCACUUUUGGAUGUCAGGUUUUGAAGUUUUGAUUGAACAGCCUAAAUCCAAUAAUUUCUGCAGAAAUGUGUCCUGUGGAUAAAUAAAUAAUAAAGAGAAUUGUUUUGUAUCUUCA